AUGUGUGCCGUUCGUGGCGGAAAGGCCGUGAUAAUCCGCGGCGUGGAAGACGACGAUGUUCGCGGCACGGCAGCGGCAGAUCCUUCCAUGCAAGCAACUAGAAUGUGGUCCAAACAGGAGAUCACACUUUGCGGACAUCACACUCCUCCGCCCCGGACCGAGCUCGGGCCGAGCUCCUUUACGUGCUGCCUGCUGCGGCAUUCCCUGCUGUCUCUUGUCUCUUACGCAUCCUCCCCAUCUUCACCUCCCCCUCCCCCCUUCUUUUCCCUCCUCCCGCUUCUCGUCCCCCCCACCCUCUCUCCCGGCCCCUCCCCGCUUCCCCUCCAUCCCGCUCCGCCUCAGGAGGACGCGACGCCACUGCGCCAUGCACUGCGAUACGGCACGAGGCAGUGGGGCGAGCUCGAGAGAUGCUCCCUGCUGCUUGCCGCCGCACUCCCCUCGCUCUUCUCUGCCCCCCCUCACGACCCUCUGUCAUCCCCUUCCCCUUCCCCCCUUUUCUCUCAGGAGGACGCAACGCUACUGCGCCACGCGCUGCGCUACGGCACGCGGCAGUGGGGCGCGCUCGAGAAGAGCUCUCUGCUGCCGCACCGGGACAACAAGUCCUGCUGUAACCGCUUCCUCUUCCUCAAAAAGUCAGCCGCCUGUUCCCCUGUUCCCUCGUUCCGCAUAGAAGUUUCUCUCCCCCCCUCCGCUCUAAUCAAACACAUCACAAAGACUUGUUCCAAUCCCUGCCUACUUGAAAAAUCAUUCACAUCACUUCAGCUUCAAGCCUUCUACUACAGCUUGCAUGCCGCGCCUAUAUUUCCGCAUCUUCCUGCUCCGGCCCUUCCCCUCGCCUAA